AAUUAUUAAAUCAAUAUAGUUAUUACGCUUCGUGUAUAACCACAAAAAAAACCAUAUCAUCAUAUACCCUCUAUGUUUUGGCUGAUCUGGUUGGAUCAUAUAUACUACAAAAAAUAAUCAUCAAAAAAUGAUGAUUUUAUCAAUCAAUCAAUACAUGAUGGCAGUGUAAACACAAACAAAACAAAUUUUUUUCAAUCGAUAUUCAAAAUACUCGAAUCGAUAAAAUACACCUCUCUAUACCAUUUUCGCAUCUCAAAAUAUUAUGUGUGAACAUUUUUAACAUUCGAUGGAAUUUAUUCAAUUGCCAUCAUUUUCUCAUUCAUCGUCAUCAUUCAUAUUCGCAUAAUCAUUAUAUAAAUGGAUGAAGAAACCAAAGAAUUAUCAUGGCGUCAUUAUGUCAAUAUACGACAAUUACGUGUCGAACCAUUUGUUUUACUUUAUAUGAUCGGUUAUUCAUUAUCGGCAAUGGCUGUAUCACAAUUGGUACAGGAUAAAUUAUGUCGUGUUGAUUAUGAUCAAUCAUCAAUAUUUUGUAUAUCAAUCAAUUCGGCUGAUUUUGAUCAUGGUGGUGAAACAAUCAAAUCGGAUAUAAUCAAAGAUGCUACAUAUAUUACAUUAUAUCGUACACUGUUAUCUACACUUCCAUGUAUUAUAUGGGCUUUGUUUUUGGGACCUUGGAGUGAUAAUUAUGUUAAUGGCCGUAAAUAUAUUAUGAUUGUAGGUGCAAUUGCCGCUGCUCUUGAAUCAGUUAUUCUAAUUAUUAAUGCUUCAUUAUUUGAUCUGAGUGGUUAUUAUGUUUUAUUAUCAUUUAUACCGUCAGCAUUAACUGGUGGAAUUGUGGCCACACUGAUGGCCAUCUAUGCUUAUUGUUCUGCAACCAGUGAUAAAUAUACUCGUUCAACUCGAUUUGCAAUCGUUGAAAUCUGUUUCUGGAUAGCACAACCAAUUGGUUCGUUUAUUGGUGGACAAAUUCUUGGUGAUGGUGAUCAGAAUACUAAAUAUCAACUUUAUAAUUAUAUACCGGUAUUUGUUGUUAGUCUUUGUGCACAUAUUGCUGCCAUUAUUUGGGCUAUUUUAGUUAUCGAUGAACAACAAUCAUUGUUGGAUUCAGCACAACCGAUCGAUAUCCGUCCAUCAAAUCCAUUGCCUUUAGAUAUUGAUCAUUCUGAUUUAAAUAUCGAACCAGGUGUUCCAGUCAAUGGUGUUUGUAUCAAUAGUGAUCGUGAAGAAAUGCUAUCACCAAACGAAUCGAUAAAUGAAUCAUACAUGCUUAACUCAUCAAUCAUAUCAUUGAAUGGAAUUUCACAACGAUCUCGACAACUUUGGAAUGAAUUUUUAAACAUUUUUCAUUUAGAACAUGUCCAUAAACUAUGGUGUUCAUUCAUUCGCCGAAGAUCUUAUUGGGGCCGUGAACAGAUUUGGAUUCUUUUCUUAUCGACAGCAUUCUUAUUGCUUGUCUAUCUGAAUACAACAUUUAUUUUAUGGUCAUAUGUGGAAAAAUUAUAUAGCUGGCCACCGAAAUUUUAUUCAAACAUUACAUCCAUAACUGCCAUUGGAACAUUGAUUUUAAUGGGUUUAGUAUUGCCAAUAUUCGUUCAUAUAUUACAAUUUGGUGAUCUACGAUUAGCAUUAUUGGGUGUUUUAUCAUUGAUGAGUCAAUGUAUUUUACGUGGUUCAUGGCAACAUGAAAUUGGUCUUUAUCUGUCAUUCAUUGCUGGUACAUUGGCACCAUUAUCAGUGAUUGGUAUACGAUCACGAUUAUCAAAAAUUAUUGAUAAUGAUGAACGUGGAAAAUUAUUUGCCUUAUUAGCUAUUGUUGAAGCUGUUACACCAGGCAUAGCUUCAUUAUUUUAUUCAAUCAUAUUCACAUCUACUAUUGAUGUUUAUCCGGGUCUUGUAUUUCAAUUGGCUGCAUUCAUUUUACUCAUUCCAUUAUUGGCAAUCAUAUUUAUUGAUACAUAUUGUAUUCAUGAUUAUGAUGAACAACCAUUGAAUCGUUAAGAGAAAAUUAUUAUUUUUUUUAUUUCAAUUUCAAUUGUUAAU